AUGAGCAGAAACUACCAGGUCACACUCUUCGGCCCGGCCCCCUGGGGCUUCAGGCUGCAGGGAGGGAAGGACUUCAACUUGCCCCUCACCAUCUCCAGGCUGACAGAUGGUGGAAAGGCAGCUAAAGGUGGCAUUGGUCUUGGAGACAUGGUUCUGUCUAUUGGCGGCGUCACCACAGAGGGCAUGAACCACCUGGAGGCCCAGAACAAGAUCAAGAGCUGCUCUGGUAACCUCAGCCUCAACCUACAGAAGAUCUCCAGUGCUCCUAAACCUCCUCCUGUGGCUCCAAAGGACGACAGAUCAGACAUCAUAAAACCAGUGGCCCUCACCCAUCCCCCUUCACCACCCCAUCCCCACCCUCACUACUCCAGCCCCUCCACCAUCGGCUACAACAAGGCCCCCAGACCUUACGGGGGCUGUGCAUCAGAGAGUGAAUACCCUCCCUUCAUCCUAUCCCCAUCCUCCGCCUUCACUCCCGCCUCCUGCAACACCAGUCUUUUUCCCCCUCCUCCACCUCCUCCUCCUCCACCUCCUGUCUCUUACCCAUCCUCUUCCUCCUCCUCCCCCCCUGUCCUCGUUGCGCCCCAGCCAUCAGUGUAUAACACACCCAUCAACCUCUACUCGAACGAGAACGCAUGUGAGGUGGCCAUGGGGCAGAGGAGGGGCCUAUUGGAGAGUCAGGGUGGAGCCUUGCCUUUGCAGUCCAAUGGUAUAUCUGCUGAUGUGAUCCAUCCCGUUCUACCCAGGAAACACAUCGUGGACACAGACAUCCAUUUUUACCAUGUGCCCACUCAUGCUGAUGCCAGCAGGAAGCGCAUAAUGGAGGACACAGAGGACUGGCGCCCACGCAGCGGGACUACCCAGUCCAGAUCGUUCAGGAUUCUGGCUCAGAUCACCGGUACCGAGCGCGCUCAAGAUGAGGAAGCUGACGCAGCCAAGAAGACAAAUGAGGAAGGAGAGGAGCCGGAACUCAACAGCCACGAGUCUGCAGUUGUCAAGACCAUGAGCAAAGGACCUGUUGCAAUCCAGGGUCACGGUCCACGGGCAGGUUUGAUCACCCCCUCUUUCGGUAUGAAGGGUAAUGGAAGUGCCAGUGUCCCGAGAGCUCCUGUCCCAGCCCGACCUCUACCUCAGCCCCACCCGAAAGAUGAGGACACUCUGGUCCAGAUGGCUGAACACAUCCCUGCGGGGACUCGGACGCCCAUGUGUGCCCACUGCAACAUGGUGAUCAGAGGACCAUUUUUGGUAGCAAUGGGGAAAUCGUGGCAUAAGGAGGAAUUUACCUGUACUCACUGCCGUAUAUCCCUGGCAGAUAUAGGCUUUGUGGAAGAACAGGGAUCUGUCUACUGUGAACACUGCUAUGAAGAUUUCUUGGCUCCGACGUGCAGCCGCUGCCAGGCCAAGAUACUGGGGGAGGUGAUAAAUGCCCUCAAACAGACGUGGCAUCUCCACUGCUUUCUGUGCGCCUGCUGUCAGCAGCCAAUCAGAAACAACAUCUUCCACCUGGAGGAUGGAGAACCGUACUGUGAACAAGACUUCUACAGCAUGUUUGGGACCAGCUGCCAUGGCUGUGAGUUCCCUAUUGAGGCUGGAGACAAGUUCCUGGAGUCCCUCGGUUACACCUGGCAUGACACCUGCUUCGUCUGCACGGUGUGCUGCACCACUCUCGAAGGCCAGACCUUCUUCUCCAAGAAAGACAAACCUCUUUGCAAGAAACAUGCUCACACACUGAAGAUAUGAAUCUUGAACAACUUUCUAACCUUACAUAUGUUGGAAGAUGGAGUGAGGAGGCCUUGUUAGCGUUCUUGCAACAAUACAACUCAAGCAAUACUCGCAGAAGCAUAGAGAAUAAGGGGGCCAUUGCCAUAUUUGCAAAAGUAAACUUGUUCUUGUCUAGGGACCUAGCCAUUUUAAACCCAGUACUUUUCUCAUGUGAUUUCUACUGUAAGUAAAGUAAAUAAUCACUGUUUUUACCACAUUUCACCAGAUGUAUUGAUUUGAAUCUGGAUUUUAUUGGCUCAUGCAUCCAAAAAGUAGUUUUACUGCCAAAUAGUGAUGAUCACCAAGGUUAAACAUUCAAUCUGUAAAAUUUUAGUCUUUUAGUUAAUCCUAGACUUUAUUUCUUAAUCCAGAGUUUGAGCUUGAGUUUCUCAGAAUUGUAAGUCAGUGUAAAAAGAUGCUAAACUGCUAAAUUGUGUCAUAGAUGUGUGAGAAGAUAUACAUGUUUAUUCAUACAUAUACUCUAGGACUUUAGAGAGAGGAGGAUAUCGGGCAAUUAUUUUCUAAGCAGGUGUUUAUUUUUGUUACUGUUAAUGUUUGUGUAGCUUUAAUCAAAUGUGAUAAUCGGAUACGCAGCUAUUACAACAAGUCCAACAGAAUAUAAGCCAUCCCAUUUCCUGUGUCAAACUUAGUUUCAUCACAAUCUUCAUAGAGAAAUGUGCUUGUGCUGGAUGUUUUAAUAUAGGUGAGCUGGGUGUCUGGGUUGAUGGGGAAACCUUUUGCCUUUGAUCAGUGCUUGAAAUUAUUAGAAA